AUGGCUGAAGACUGGCCAUGUGCGCGGAGAACACUGGGUAUCAUCAGCGUCCUAGGUCGAAAGUGGAAUGUCGAACUACCCGAGGAAGCCGCAAUCGUUCUGAAAAGGACAGACGAAAAGUACGGAAUGUUCAGCACUUCCGAGGUCCCCUCGCCCAACCGGACGGCCCCUUCUCUCGCUCCAUCCUCACCGGCACCUCCUUACUCCCCACAAGCGUCUCUCCUUCUUUCUACAUCCGCCGCCGCAGUAAUGGAACAACAACCGUACAGUCCAAUGACUCUAUAUAGCCACCCAACACCUCCACAUCUUGCCCCCGAGAGUAUAUCCGACCCCGGAAUGUCGCCCGAUCUCGUCGCCUUCUCUGACCUGCCUGGGACAUCAGCUACGCUUAUCCCACAACAACAGCAGAGCAUGCAGGCCAUGCCUGGGUUGAGCCCAAACCACAUGCUUCAUCAACACCAAGAUCAGCAACACCAUCAACACCACCACCUACAAAGCCACCAUCAAUCCCAGCAGCCACAUCACAACCACAUGAACUACCAGCAGCAGCAGCAGCAGCAGCAGCACAACCUGCUCACCCACCCGGUAAGCGCCUCAUCCAUGUCCAUGAGCGACACCCUCGCCACCAUCACAGCAUGGGGUAUGCCGACCUCUUCACCCGGCAGCAGUAACGGCGGCAUGUCCCAUCCUCAUCAGAGUCAGCAACAACACUAUCCAACCAUAAAUACUGUGAAGCCGACAGCGGCAACAGCACAAACUUUUAGCCCAGUCCAGUUACACGCCAACAAUUUGACCAAUACAACAACAAGGUCCGCAAUGGCCAACCAUAACAGCAACAAGAGCAUUGGCAGACACGUAAGCCCCAGCUCUAUAUACGCCAUCGACGGACAGGACUGGUACCUGAAAGACGGCGUAACCUGGCAACAAGGCUUUCAAGGGUGGGAUUUGGAGGGCGGCGGUGGAGCGGGAACGGCUACAAACACUGGUAGUGGGCCGCCUUCGAUUGCUGUUAGUGGUGGUGGUGGUGGUGGUAGUGGUAGUAGUGACAUGGCGAGGCUAGCUGCUCAGGGGAAUGUUGGUGGAGCUGGACAACAACAACAGCAGCAGCAGCAGCAGCAGCAGGCAAAUAUGUUCACUUUCCAUCAUGGGACAGAAAGAGGAGGGGAUGGUGUUGAGUCAACGGGAAUGGGAAUGACUACGGUAGGAGGUGGAGGAGGAGGGUUCGAUCCGAUGGCGGGGUCAGGGCUGAUGGAUGACCUGGUCGGUCUGGGGGAUUUGGGCAGUUUGGAAGGGUUGGGACAUUUGCCUGGAUUGGAUUGA